AUGUCGGCCAUCAACGGCGUAAACUUUUUGUCUUUGAAGACAUGGUGGCCACCCCAGCUGGUAGCCCAGAAGCACCCAUCAGUCGCGUUGUUGCGCAAGCUUGCGAAAUUUCUCGUCGCCUUUUAUUUUAUCAGAGUAUUUAACAGGUACAUCUCACUGGCGAAGCAGAACAAUUGGAUUCAAGCACGCCCCUGGGUUGCAUCCAAGGAGCUGGUCCUCCUUACAGGAGGGAGCAGCGGGAUUGGAAAACAGAUCGUGCUUGAUUUAGUGAAAUUGGGUGUGAAAAUCAUUAUCUUUGAUGUCCAAGAGCUGGACAUUCCCUUGCCACCGAAUGUCUUCUUCUACAACGUCGAUAUUACCUCCUCAACUGCGGUCCAUGAGGCAGCUACUCGGACCCGCCAAGAGCACGGCGAGCCAACUGUGUUAAUAAAUAAUGCUGGCGUGGGGUAUAUGGGAAACAUUACGGAAGAACCAGAAUCCAACAUUCGACGAACGAUAGAGGUCAACACGCUGUCCCACUUCUGGUUGGUGAAGGAGUUCCUGCCCGCAAUGAUAAAGAACGACCAUGGACAUAUUGUCACCAUAGCGAGCAUGGCUAGCUUUGUUGGCCUAGAUGGCAUGGCUGAUUACGCGUGCUCUAAAGCAGCGGCUCUAGCGUUCCACGAAAGUUUGACGCAGGAGAUACGACACUCGUAUGGCUCGAAGCGAGUACGCACUAGCGUCAUCCACCCGAUGUGGGUGCAGACGCCCCUGAUCAACGACCUUCUGACCGGCUCUGCGCAAACGAGGAAUGGCAUGCUGUCUGCUAAGGAUGUAUCCGUUGCCGUAGUAAAGCAACUGGUGCGAGGAAAUGGAGGCCAGGUUGUGAUUCCACGGUGGCUGGGAAUUGGUUCGAUGGUGCGCGGGCUGCCGAUGUGGCUGCAGGAGGUGGUGAGGGACCGCUAUUCUCGGCGUAUCACCUAG